AGGCCGCCUUCCCUCUCGCUUCCCCCUCCCCUUUCCCAGCCGCGCUCUCAAUCUCUAGCUCGCUCGCGCUCCCUCUCCCCCGGCCGUGGAAAGGAUCCCACUUCCGGUGGGGUGUCAUGGCGGCGUCUCGGACUGUGAUGGCUGUGGGGAGACGGCGCUAGUGGGGAGAGCGACCAAGAGGCCCCCUCCCCUCCCCGGGUCCCCUUCCCCUACCCCCCUCCCCCCAGCCUCCUUGCCAACGCCCCCUUUCCCUCUCCCCCUCCCGCUCGGCGCUGACCCCCCAUCCCCACCCCCGUGGGAACACUGGGAGCCUGCACUCCACAGACCCUCUCCUUGCCUCUUCCCUCACCUCAGCCUCCGCUCCCCGCCCUCUUCCCGGCCCAGGGCGCCGGCCCACCCUUCCCUCCGCCGCCCCCCGGCCGCGGGGAGGACAUGGCCGCGCACAGGCCGGUGGAAUGGGUCCAGGCCGUGGUCAGCCGCUUCGACGAGCAGCUUCCAAUAAAAACAGGACAGCAGAACACACAUACCAAAGUCAGUACUGAGCACAACAAGGAAUGUCUAAUCAAUAUUUCCAAAUACAAGUUUUCUUUGGUUAUAAGCGGCCUCACUACUAUUUUAAAGAAUGUUAACAAUAUGAGAAUAUUUGGAGAAGCUGCUGAAAAAAAUUUAUAUCUCUCUCAGUUGAUUAUAUUGGAUACACUGGAAAAAUGUCUUGCUGGGCAACCAAAGGACACAAUGAGAUUAGAUGAAACGAUGCUGGUCAAACAGUUGCUGCCAGAAAUCUGCCAUUUUCUUCACACCUGUCGUGAAGGAAACCAGCAUGCAGCUGAACUUCGGAAUUCUGCCUCUGGGGUUUUAUUUUCUCUCAGCUGCAACAACUUCAAUGCAGUCUUUAGUCGCAUUUCUACCAGGUUACAGGAAUUAACUGUUUGUUCAGAAGACAAUGUUGAUGUUCAUGAUAUAGAAUUGUUACAGUAUAUCAAUGUGGAUUGUGCAAAAUUAAAACGACUCCUGAAGGAAACAGCAUUUAAAUUUAAAGCCCUAAAGAAGGUUGCGCAGUUAGCAGUUAUAAAUAGCCUGGAAAAGGCAUUUUGGAACUGGGUAGAAAAUUAUCCAGAUGAAUUUACAAAACUGUACCAGAUCCCACAGACUGAUAUGGCUGAAUGUGCAGAAAAGCUGUUUGACUUGGUGGAUGGUUUUGCUGAAAGCACCAAACGUAAAGCAGCAGUUUGGCCACUACAAAUCAUUCUCCUUAUCUUGUGUCCAGAAAUAAUCCAGGAUAUAUCCAAAGAUGUGGUUGAUGAAAACAACAUGAAUAAGAAGUUAUUUCUGGACAGUCUACGAAAAGCUCUUGCUGGCCAUGGAGGAAGUAGGCAGCUGACAGAAAGUGCUGCAAUUGCCUGUGUCAAACUGUGUAAAGCAAGUACUUACAUCAAUUGGGAAGAUAACUCUGUCAUUUUCCUACUUGUUCAGUCCAUGGUGGUUGAUCUUAAGAACCUGCUUUUUAAUCCAAGUAAGCCAUUCUCAAGAGGCAGUCAGCCUGCAGAUGUGGAUCUAAUGAUUGACUGCCUUGUUUCUUGCUUUCGUAUAAGCCCUCACAACAACCAACACUUUAAGAUCUGCCUGGCUCAGAAUUCACCUUCUACAUUUCACUAUGUGCUGGUAAAUUCACUCCAUCGAAUCAUCACCAAUUCCGCAUUGGAUUGGUGGCCUAAGAUUGAUGCUGUGUAUUGUCACUCGGUUGAACUUCGAAAUAUGUUUGGUGAAACACUUCAUAAAGCAGUGCAAGGUUGUGGAGCACACCCAGCAAUACGAAUGGCACCGAGUCUUACAUUUAAAGAAAAAGUAACAAGCCUUAAAUUUAAAGAAAAACCUACAGACCUGGAGACAAGAAGCUAUAAAUAUCUUCUCUUGUCCAUGGUGAAACUAAUUCAUGCAGAUCCAAAGCUCUUGCUUUGUAAUCCAAGAAAACAGGGGCCCGAAACCCAAGGCAGUACAGCAGAAUUAAUUACAGGGCUCGUCCAACUGGUCCCUCAGUCACACAUGCCAGAGAUUGCUCAGGAAGCAAUGGAGGCUCUGCUGGUUCUUCAUCAGUUAGAUAGCAUUGAUUUGUGGAAUCCUGAUGCUCCUGUAGAAACAUUUUGGGAGAUUAGCUCACAAAUGCUUUUUUACAUCUGCAAGAAAUUAACUAGUCAUCAAAUGCUUAGUAGCACAGAAAUUCUCAAGUGGUUGCGGGAAAUAUUGAUCUGCAGGAAUAAAUUUCUUCUUAAAAAUAAGCAGGCAGAUAGAAGUUCCUGUCACUUUCUCCUUUUUUACGGGGUAGGAUGUGAUAUUCCUUCUAGUGGAAAUACCAGUCAAAUGUCCAUGGAUCAUGAAGAAUUACUACGUACUCCUGGAGCCUCUCUCCGGAAAGGAAAAGGGAACUCCUCUAUGGAUAGUGCAGCAGGAUGCAGCGGAACCCCCCCGAUUUGCCGACAAGCCCAGACCAAACUAGAAGUGGCCCUGUACAUGUUUCUAUGGAACCCUGACACUGAAGCUGUUCUGGUUGCCAUGUCCUGUUUCCGCCACCUCUGUGAGGAAGCAGAUAUCCGGUGUGGGGUGGAUGAAGUGUCAGUGCAUAACCUCUUGCCCAACUAUAACACAUUCAUGGAGUUUGCCUCUGUCAGCAAUAUGAUGUCAACAGGAAGAGCAGCACUUCAGAAAAGAGUGAUGGCACUGCUGAGGCGCAUUGAGCAUCCCACUGCAGGAAACACUGAGGCUUGGGAAGAUACACAUGCAAAAUGGGAACAAGCAACAAAGCUAAUCCUUAACUAUCCGAAAGCCAAAAUGGAAGAUGGCCAGGCUGCUGAAAGCCUUCACAAGACCAUUGUUAAGAGGCGAAUGUCCCAUGUGAGUGGAGGAGGAUCCAUAGAUUUGUCUGACACAGACUCCCUACAGGAAUGGAUCAACAUGACUGGCUUCCUUUGUGCCCUUGGGGGAGUGUGCCUCCAGCAGAGAAGCAAUUCUGGCCUGGCAACCUAUAGCCCACCCAUGGGUCCAGUCAGUGAACGUAAGGGUUCUAUGAUUUCAGUGAUGUCUUCAGAGGGAAACGCAGAUACACCUGUCAGCAAAUUUAUGGAUCGGCUGUUGUCCUUAAUGGUGUGUAACCAUGAGAAAGUGGGACUUCAAAUACGGACCAAUGUUAAGGAUCUGGUGGGUCUAGAAUUGAGUCCUGCUCUGUAUCCAAUGCUAUUUAACAAAUUGAAGAAUACCAUCAGCAAGUUUUUUGACUCCCAAGGACAGGUUUUAUUGACUGAUACCAAUACUCAAUUUGUAGAACAAACCAUAGCUAUAAUGAAGAACUUGCUAGAUAAUCAUACUGAAGGCAGCUCUGAACAUCUAGGGCAAGCUAGCAUUGAAACAAUGAUGUUAAAUCUGGUCAGGUAUGUUCGUGUGCUUGGGAAUAUGGUCCAUGCAAUUCAAAUAAAAACGAAACUGUGUCAAUUAGUUGAAGUAAUGAUGGCAAGGAGAGAUGACCUCUCAUUUUGCCAAGAGAUGAAAUUUAGGAAUAAGAUGGUAGAAUACCUGACAGACUGGGUUAUGGGAACAUCAAACCAAGCAGCAGAUGAUGAUGUAAAAUGUCUUACAAGAGAUUUGGACCAGGCAAGCAUGGAAGCAGUAGUUUCACUUCUAGCUGGUCUCCCUCUGCAGCCUGAAGAAGGAGAUGGUGUGGAAUUGAUGGAAGCCAAAUCACAGUUAUUUCUUAAAUACUUCACAUUAUUUAUGAACCUUUUGAAUGACUGCAGUGAAGUUGAAGAUGAAAGUGCGCAAACAGGUGGCAGGAAACGUGGCAUGUCUCGGAGGCUGGCAUCACUGAGGCACUGUACAGUCCUUGCAAUGUCAAACUUACUCAAUGCCAACGUAGACAGUGGUCUCAUGCACUCCAUAGGCUUAGGUUACCACAAGGAUCUCCAGACAAGAGCUACAUUUAUGGAAGUCCUGACAAAAAUCCUUCAACAAGGCACAGAAUUUGACACACUUGCAGAAACGGUAUUGGCUGAUCGGUUUGAGAGAUUGGUGGAACUGGUCACAAUGAUGGGUGAUCAAGGAGAACUCCCUAUAGCGAUGGCUUUGGCCAAUGUGGUUCCUUGUUCUCAGUGGGAUGAACUAGCUCGAGUUCUGGUUACUCUGUUUGAUUCUCGGCAUUUACUCUACCAACUGCUCUGGAACAUGUUUUCUAAGGAAGUAGAAUUGGCAGACUCCAUGCAGACUCUCUUCCGAGGCAACAGCUUGGCCAGUAAAAUAAUGACAUUCUGUUUCAAGGUAUAUGGUGCUACCUAUCUACAAAAACUCCUGGAUCCUUUAUUACGAAUUGUGAUCACAUCCUCUGAUUGGCAACAUGUUAGCUUUGAAGUGGAUCCUACCAGGUUAGAACCAUCAGAGAGCCUUGAGGAAAACCAGCGGAACCUCCUUCAGAUGACUGAAAAGUUCUUCCAUGCCAUCAUCAGUUCCUCCUCAGAAUUCCCCCCUCAACUUCGAAGUGUGUGCCACUGUUUAUACCAGGCAACUUGCCACUCCCUACUGAAUAAAGCUACAGUAAAAGAAAAAAAGGAAAACAAAAAAUCAGUGGUUAGCCAGCGUUUCCCUCAGAACAGCAUCGGUGCAGUAGGAAGUGCCAUGUUCCUCAGAUUUAUCAAUCCUGCCAUUGUCUCACCGUAUGAAGCAGGGAUUUUAGAUAAAAAGCCACCACCUAGAAUCGAAAGGGGCUUGAAGUUAAUGUCAAAGAUACUUCAGAGUAUUGCCAAUCAUGUUCUCUUCACAAAAGAAGAACAUAUGCGGCCUUUCAAUGAUUUUGUGAAAAGCAACUUUGAUGCAGCACGCAGGUUUUUCCUUGAUAUAGCAUCUGAUUGUCCUACAAGUGAUGCAGUAAAUCAUAGUCUUUCCUUCAUAAGUGACGGCAAUGUGCUUGCUUUACAUCGUCUACUCUGGAACAAUCAGGAGAAAAUUGGGCAGUAUCUUUCCAGCAACAGGGAUCAUAAAGCUGUUGGAAGACGACCUUUUGAUAAGAUGGCAACACUUCUUGCAUACCUGGGUCCUCCAGAGCACAAACCUGUGGCAGAUACACACUGGUCCAGCCUUAACCUUACCAGUUCAAAGUUUGAGGAAUUUAUGACUAGGCAUCAGGUACAUGAAAAAGAAGAAUUCAAGGCUUUGAAAACGUUAAGUAUUUUCUACCAAGCUGGGACUUCCAAAGCUGGGAAUCCUAUUUUUUAUUAUGUUGCACGGAGGUUCAAAACUGGUCAAAUCAAUGGUGAUUUGCUGAUAUACCAUGUCUUACUGACUUUAAAGCCAUAUUAUGCAAAGCCAUAUGAAAUUGUAGUGGACCUUACCCAUACCGGGCCUAGCAAUCGCUUUAAAACAGACUUUCUCUCUAAGUGGUUUGUUGUUUUUCCUGGCUUUGCUUACGACAACGUCUCCGCAGUCUAUAUCUAUAACUGUAACUCCUGGGUCAGGGAGUACACCAAGUAUCAUGAGCGGCUGCUGACUGGCCUCAAAGGUAGCAAAAGGCUUGUUUUCAUAGACUGUCCUGGGAAACUGGCUGAGCACAUAGAGCAUGAACAACAGAAACUACCUGCUGCCACCUUGGCUUUAGAAGAGGACCUGAAGGUAUUCCACAAUGCUCUCAAGCUAGCUCACAAAGAUACCAAAGUUUCUAUUAAAGUUGGUUCUACUGCUGUCCAAGUAACCUCAGCAGAGCGAACAAAAGUCCUAGGGCAAUCAGUCUUUCUAAAUGACAUUUAUUAUGCUUCGGAAAUUGAAGAAAUCUGCCUAGUAGAUGAGAACCAGUUCACCUUAACCAUUGCAAACCAGGGCACGCCGCUCACCUUCAUGCACCAGGAGUGUGAAGCCAUUGUCCAGUCUAUCAUUCAUAUCCGGACCCGCUGGGAACUGUCACAGCCCGACUCUAUCCCCCAACACACCAAGAUUCGGCCAAAAGAUGUCCCUGGGACACUGCUCAAUAUCGCAUUACUUAAUUUAGGCAGUUCUGACCCAAGUUUACGGUCAGCUGCCUAUAAUCUUCUGUGUGCCUUAACUUGUACCUUUAAUUUAAAAAUCGAGGGCCAGUUACUAGAGACAUCAGGUUUAUGUAUCCCUGCCAACAACACCCUCUUUAUUGUCUCUAUUAGUAAGACACUGGCAGCCAAUGAGCCACACCUCACGUUAGAAUUUUUGGAAGAGUGUAUUUCUGGAUUUAGCAAAUCUAGUAUUGAAUUGAAACACCUUUGUUUGGAAUACAUGACUCCAUGGCUGUCAAAUCUAGUUCGUUUUUGCAAACAUAAUGAUGAUGCCAAACGACAAAGAGUUACUGCUAUUCUUGACAAGCUGAUAACAAUGACCAUCAAUGAAAAACAGAUGUACCCAUCUAUUCAAGCAAAAAUAUGGGGAAGCCUUGGGCAGAUUACAGAUCUGCUUGAUGUUGUACUAGAUAGUUUCAUCAAAACCAGUGCAACAGGUGGCUUGGGAUCAAUAAAAGCUGAGGUGAUGGCAGAUACUGCUGUAGCUUUGGCUUCUGGAAAUGUGAAAUUGGUUUCAAGCAAGGUUAUUGGAAGGAUGUGCAAAAUAAUUGACAAGACAUGCUUAUCUCCAACUCCUACUUUAGAACAACAUCUUAUGUGGGAUGAUAUUGCUAUUUUAGCACGCUACAUGCUGAUGCUGUCCUUCAACAAUUCCCUUGAUGUGGCAGCUCAUCUUCCCUACCUCUUCCACGUUGUUACUUUCUUAGUAGCCACAGGUCCGCUCUCCCUUAGAGCUUCCACACAUGGACUGGUCAUUAAUAUCAUUCACUCUCUGUGUACUUGUUCACAGCUUCAUUUUAGUGAAGAGACCAAGCAAGUUUUGAGACUCAGUCUGACAGAGUUCUCAUUACCCAAAUUUUACUUGCUGUUUGGCAUUAGCAAAGUCAAGUCAGCUGCUGUCAUUGCCUUCCGUUCCAGUUACCGGGACAGGUCAUUCUCUCCUGGCUCCUAUGAGAGAGAGACUUUUGCUUUGACAUCCUUGGAAACAGUCACAGAAGCUUUGUUGGAGAUCAUGGAGGCAUGCAUGAGAGAUAUUCCAACGUGCAAGUGGCUGGAUCAGUGGACAGAACUAGCUCAAAGAUUUGCAUUCCAAUAUAAUCCAUCCCUGCAACCAAGAGCUCUUGUUGUCUUUGGGUGUAUUAGCAAACGAGUGUCUCAUGGGCAGAUAAAGCAGAUAAUCCGUAUUCUUAGCAAGGCACUUGAGAGUUGCUUAAAAGGACCUGACACUUACAACAGUCAAGUUCUGAUAGAAGCUACAGUAAUAGCACUAACCAAAUUACAGCCACUUCUUAAUAAGGACUCGCCUCUGCACAAAGCCCUCUUUUGGGUAGCUGUGGCUGUGCUGCAGCUUGAUGAGGUCAACUUGUAUUCAGCAGGUACCGCACUUCUUGAACAAAACCUGCACACUUUAGAUAGUCUCCGUAUAUUCAAUGACAAGAGUCCAGAGGAAGUAUUUAUGGCAAUCCGGAAUCCUCUGGAGUGGCACUGCAAGCAAAUGGAUCAUUUUGUUGGACUCAAUUUCAACUCUAACUUUAACUUUGCAUUGGUUGGACACCUUUUAAAAGGGUACAGGCAUCCUUCACCUGCCAUUGUUGCAAGAACAGUCAGAAUUUUACAUACACUACUAACUCUGGUUAACAAACACAGAAAUUGUGACAAAUUUGAAGUGAAUACACAGAGCGUGGCCUACUUAGCAGCUUUACUUACAGUGUCUGAAGAAGUUCGAAGUCGCUGCAGCCUAAAACAUAGAAAGUCACUUCUUCUUACUGAUAUUUCAAUGGAAAAUGUUCCUAUGGAUACAUAUCCCAUUCAUCAUGGUGACCCUACCUAUAGGACACUAAAGGAGACUCAGCCAUGGUCCUCUCCCAAAGGUUCUGAAGGAUACCUUGCAGCCACCUAUCCAACUGUUGGCCAGACCAGUCCCCGAGCCAGGAAAUCCAUGAGCCUGGACAUGGGGCAGCCUUCUCAGGCCAACACUAAGAAGUUGCUUGGAACAAGGAAAAGUUUUGAUCACUUGAUAUCAGACACAAAGGCUCCUAAAAGGCAAGAAAUGGAAUCAGGGAUCACAACACCCCCCAAAAUGAGGAGAGUAGCAGAAACUGAUUAUGAAAUGGAAACUCAGAGGAUUUCCUCAUCACAACAGCACCCACAUUUACGUAAGGUUUCAGUGUCUGAAUCAAAUGUUCUCUUGGAUGAAGAAGUACUUACUGAUCCGAAGAUCCAGGCGCUGCUUCUUACUGUUCUAGCUACACUGGUAAAAUAUACCACAGAUGAGUUUGAUCAACGAAUUCUUUAUGAAUACUUAGCAGAGGCCAGUGUUGUGUUUCCCAAAGUCUUUCCCGUUGUGCAUAAUUUGUUGGACUCUAAGAUCAACACCCUGUUAUCAUUGUGCCAAGAUCCAAAUUUGUUAAAUCCAAUCCAUGGAAUUGUGCAGAGUGUGGUGUACCAUGAAGAAUCCCCACCACAAUACCAAACAUCUUACCUGCAAAGUUUUGGUUUUAAUGGCUUGUGGCGGUUUGCAGGACCGUUUUCAAAGCAAACACAAAUUCCAGACUAUGCUGAGCUUAUUGUUAAGUUUCUUGAUGCCUUGAUUGACACGUACCUGCCUGGAAUUGAUGAAGAAACCAGUGAGGAAUCCCUCCUGACACCCACAUCUCCUUACCCUCCUGCACUGCAGAGCCAGCUUAGUAUCACUGCCAACCUUAACCUUUCUAAUUCCAUGACCUCACUUGCAACUUCCCAGCAUUCCCCAGCUUCUCUGCCUUGCUCUAAAUCAGCAGUUUUCAUGCAGCUGUUCCCUCAUCAAGGAAUCGACAAGGAGAACGUUGAACUCUCCCCUACCACUGGCCACUGUAACAGUGGACGAACUCGCCACGGAUCCGCAAGCCAAGUGCAGAAGCAAAGAAGCGCUGGCAGUUUCAAACGUAAUAGCAUUAAGAAGAUCGUGUGAAGCUUGCUUGCUUUCUUUUUUAAAAUCAACUUAACAUGGGCUCUUCACUAGUGACCCCUUCCCUGUCCUUGCCCUUUCCCCCCAUGUUGUAAUGCUGCACUUCCUGUUUUAUAAUGAACCCAUCCGGUUUGCCAUGUUGCCAGAUGAUCAACUCUUUGAAGCCUUGCCUAAAUUUAAUGCUGCCUUUUCUUUAACUUUUUUUCUUCUACUUUUGGCGUGUAUCUGGUAUAUGUAAGUGUUCAGAACAACUGCAAAGAAAGUGGGAGGUCAGGAAACUUUUAACUGAGAACAUCUCAAUUGUAAGAGUAAGAGAGGAUGAAUUCUUGAAUACUGCUACUACUGGCCAGCGAUGAAAGCCAUUUGCACAGAGCUCUGCCUUCUGUGGUUUUCCCUUCUUCAUCCCACACAGUAAAGUGUUAGUCCUAUUUAUACAUUUUUCAAGAUACAAGUUUAUGAGAGAAAUAAUAUUAUAACCCCAGUAUGUUUAAUCUUUUAGCUGUGGACUUUUUUUUUAACCUUACAAAACUGAAAGAACCAUAGAGGUCAAGCCUCAGUGACUUGACACCAUAAAGCCACAGACAAGGUACUUGGGGGGGAGGGCAGGGAAAUUUCAUAUUUUAUAGUGGAUUCUUAAGAAAUACUAACACUUGAGUAUUAGCAAUAAUUACAGGAAAAUAAGUGCGACCACAUAUAUCUUAACAUUACUGAAUUAAAACUAUGGCUUCUAAGUCCUUAUCCAAACUCAGUCAUCCAAACUAGUUUAUUUUUUUCUCCAGUUGAUUAUCUUUUAAUUUUUAAUUUUGCUAAAGGUGGUUUUUUUGUUUUGUUUUUUGUAAACCAAAACUAUACUAAGUAUAGUAAUUAUAUAUAUUUUUUUUCCCCUCCCCCUCUUCUUUCCUAACUAAUUCUGAGCAGGGUAAUCAGUGAACAAAGUGUUGAAAAUUGUUCCCAGAAGGUAAUUUUCAUAGAUGUUUGCAUUAGCUCCAUAGCAAAAUGGAAUGGUACGUGACAUUUAGGGUAGCUGAUAUUUUUAUUUUGUUAAAUAAUUUCCAAGAAUAGAGUAUGGUGUAUAUUAUAAAUUUCUUUGAUAAGAUGUAUUUUGAAUGUCUUUUAAUCUUCCUCCUCCUCUCCAAAAAAAUCAGAAACCUCUUUAAGAAAACAUGUAGGUUAUAUAUGCUAGAAUUGCAUUUAAUCACUGUGAAAAGACUGGUCAGCCUGCAUUAGUAUGACAGUAGGGGGGCUGUUAGAGUUGCUGCUAUAUUGGUGGUAUGGAUUAUCAUGGCAUUGGAAUUUUCAUAGUAAUGCAGAUCCAAUUUCUUUGUGGUACCUGCAGUUUACAAAAUAAUUUGACUUCAGUGAGCAUAUUGGUAUCUGGAUGUUCCAAUUUAGAACUAAACCAUAUUUAUUACAAAAAGAUAUUAAUCCCUCUACUCCCAGGUUCCCUUUAUAUGUUAAGAUAUAAUGGCUUUGAGAGGGGGAAAAAAUAAACCUAGGGGAGAGGGGAGUUUCCUGUAGUGCUGUUUCAUUAGAGGAUUUCAGUAAAUUAAAUUCCACAGCUAAUUCAAUAAAUAAUGGUACAUUUAAGUGUUCUGAUUUUAAUAAUACAAUACAUUUCACAUUUAUCCACACAGUAACAAUGUAAUAUGUUAAUGUAAAUAAAAUUGGUUUUGAUACUCAGAAAUAACAAGAAUUUAAUUUUUUUAAUUUGUUUACAGUCCUGGGAAAAGUAAGAAUUAUUUGCCAAAAUAAGAGGAAAGAAAACCUUAGUAUUAUUAAUGAGUUUACCAUAGAAUUGUUGGAAAUACUGAAGACAGGUGCAAUUUACUAAACUUUUGUUUUUAAACUAUUGUAGAGGCUGCAUUAGAAGAAAAUGUUUAUAAUGACAGAGCAACUAUGACUAUAUAAAACUGAAAUUAGAACUGUGUUUAGAAAUAGAUCAGUAACCCAGUGCCAAGGAUGCCAAGCUGCCACCAUGGUCUUGGCUCUCCCACAACCCAGUGUUUCUGGGGUAAGUUUCACAGUUUCUAGGCCCUGGAAUAGCAGGCAGUGUAAGCCUUUGAUAACUUUAGUUCAAUGUUUUUCUUGUUUUUGUUUGUUGGUUUGCUGCAUAUGAUAGUGGGUGUUAUGCUAUUUUGCUCUUCCCAUCAGAAUAAAGAAACUUCCAGAGGUUUACUGUUAAAAAUACUGAUAUUUCCAUAAACAAGUUUACCAAGGUGUAGUAUUUCAUACCGCCUGAAAUGAUCAGCAUUGGCACAAAUCAAAAUUGAGCCGCCUUUGAAAUGCAAAAAUACCUUUGACUAGUAAGUACAUCCUAGGAGUUUGAAAACUUAACUAAGGUUUAAAAUUUACCUUGUUUAAAGAACUUCUGACUUUUGAGGAAAAUCUAGCUUUCCAAUGUACAUGAGAUAAACCUCUCACCACUAUGUGUCCCUUGAGAAAUGCAACACUUUUUUAGUCUUCAUACUUGUAAUCUAUAAAAGAAAUUCUGAAGUUUAGACCAAGUUGCCCAUUUUUGCGUAAUUGACAUAAGUUCUGUUAAAAAUAUUAUAAGUAAUUCGUUUCGGUUUGUAGAUGUUUCCCCUGACUUGUUAAAGAGGAAACCAGGAACUCAGUCAUGUUUUUGUCCUGGAUAAUCUACCUGUUAUGCCAGUACUCCCAUCCGAGGGGCAUGCCCUUAGUUGCCCAGAUGGAGAUGCAGUUCAGUAGAUUUGGGGCAAAGUGGCUACAGCUCUGUCUUCCAUUCACUCAACACCUGUUCAUGACUGAGCCAGGUGCCCAGGACACAUCCUAAACAGUCAGCUUCUAUCCUGUGUCCUAGUCGGGGAGACAGAGUGCCAGCCAGCAACCCUCCCAGGUUUGUAGGUUUUAGGGCUUUUCAGUUUUGUUUGGGUUUUUUGUUUUUUGUUUUUGUUUCUACAUCCUUCCCCGACUCCCAGGCAUAAUGAGGCAUGUCUUACUCAAUGUUAUGCAAUGGAUUUAGGCAAAAAUUCAUUCUUAGUGUCAGCCAUACAAUUUUUUUUAAUGCAGUAUAUUCACCUGUAAAUAGUUUGUGUAAAAUUUGACAAAAAAAAGUAUAUUUACUAUACUGUAAAUACAUGUGAUGAUAUAUUGUAUUAUUUUGCUUUUUUGUAAAGCAGUUAGUUGCUGCACAUGGAUAACAACAAAAAUUUGAUUAUUCUCAUGUUAGUAUUGUUAACUUCUUUUUGCGACUGCGUUACAUCAUUUAAAGAAAAUGCUGUGUAUUGUAAACUUAAAUUGUAUAUGAUAACUUACUGUCCUUUCCAUCCGGGCCUAAACUUUGGCAGUUCCUUUGUCUACAACCUUGUUAAUACUGUAAACAGUUGUACGCCAGCAGGAAAAAUACUGCCCAACAGACAAAAUUGAUCAUUGUAGGGGAAAAUCAUAGAAAUCCAUUUCAGAUCUUUAUUGUUCCUCACCCCAUUUUCCUCCUUGUGUAUGUACUUCCCCCACCCCCCUUUUUUUAAGUAAAAUGUAAAUUCAAUCUGCUCUAA